CACGCACGCACAGCUGAAUGCAAUGGAGGCGACAGCAUCGGGAUUGUUGUGAAGGGUUUGACGAUGGCCCUCGUCUUGAGAUGAAGCUUAUUUGAAUGAGAAUGACGGCCGAGCGGAGGUGAAAGGCGCAGCGGGGGAUGCACGCGCACGGUGGCAACCAGACGCGUUCGCACCGGGGAAUACGUUGAGCUUCUACUUUUGGAAUUGCGCGGCAUUGACCGCGCGACACUCAACGAAGGAAGGUGGAGCUGCGAGCUGCCGUAGUCGAGGACACCUGCACGCUGUUUUUUUUUUUCUUCUUCUUCUUCUUCCUCCUCCCUUUUUUUGGGGAAGUGUUUGCGCAGCCAACUGAACUCUAUGGGGAUGAAGGCGGAAUGUAUUUCCUGUCCUCUUUUUGCGCCUUUGGAUGACCGGAAAGUCACUCAAUAAUGCUCCAUCAACCAGUUUAACGCGUUGAGGAAAUGAUCGUUUAACCAUGUGAGUUAUUUUCACGGAGACUUUUUCGAAGAUGUGCUGAGUUUCUGAGGCAGGACUUGCCAUGUUCCUCCUGGAUGGGAACUGUACUGAAGGGAUGGAGAGAGGGACGGCUCAGAGGAAGACAGUGUACCGCAUCUCCCUCACGCUGGUGAAGAAGGAGACAUCGGAGGAUGGACAAGAUGCAUCGGACAAGCCAAAAGUGGGGAAGGUGAGGGCCUUCAGGCAGCAAGCUUCACUGGAGGCCCCGCGCAGUGGCCUGCUCGAACAAGUGGAAGAAGUGGAGGACGAAUCUGAUGAUUUGUCAUCGCAAAGCCACAUGAGGAACUUCAGGACGUAUAGCACCGGCCAGCUGGAGCUGGGGAGGCUUAAACUGGCUCGCAAGCAGCAGCUCCAAAUGACAAAGAAAAAAAACGCCGCGUCCAUGAGUUGGCAGGAAUCUCCACCCAGACUUGAGGAGAACUUUUGUGCUAGGACAGACUCCCCUGGGAAUGUGGUGAGUAGCGGCGUGAUGAAGAUGAAGAGACUCUUCAAGUCAAAGAGUUUGGAGAAGAGCCCUGAGUCAUUAGACCACGGCGGGACGGCGCCACACCUAAACGGAAUGUCACCUCCAAACGGGACACCUGAGACGCCACCUCAGCGGGAACCCGCCGGCCUGCUGCGCCGCAGCUUCAGCUUUCGACACUGGACAGGCAGCGAGCGGCCACGUUUGCAAGCGCUAAUGAAGGACAAACAGCAAAACAGUUCUGCUCGCACAGAUCUGGAAUCCGCAAGCCCGAAGGUCACCCAAGCCGACGGCGAGUUCCAGAGCCCCGCCGCCCGCCCUCGCCUCGGCACCAUGGAGAAAAGCCGAACGCUGGAAGUCGGUGCCAUCCUGAACAAGACGGACCCCGUGUUUGAGCUCAGCUGCUGGGAGAGCGCGCACGGCGGGAAGAAUCGCACGCUGGACAACAGUGACCUCCAGGUUCUGGCCGCACACAAGGACGGGGCGGCGCUUCGGAGAGGAGGACGUUCCGGUGAGAGGAGGCUGCUACGCUUCUUCAGCGGCAUCUUCUCCCGCAGGGACGGGACCGGUACCUGGACGCCGGUGGGAAGCCCCGGCGCCGUCCGUUCCCUCCGGCACAGAACCACUCCUCUGCAAUCCAGCACGGAGAGUGUGAACGGAAGCCCAGGCGAUGCAUUUGUGAACAGCCAGGAGUGGACUCUCAGUCGCUCUGUGCCGGAACUCAAAGUGGGCAUUGUGGGUAACCUGGCCAGCGGGAAGUCGGCGUUGGUCCACAGAUACCUGACAGGAACGUACGUCCAGGAAGAGUCACCCGAAGCUGACGUGGAUGCAGGUGGACGUUUUAAGAAGGAGAUGGUGGUUGAUGGGCAGAGUCACCUGCUGCUCAUCAGGGAUGAAGGGGGCCCACCGGAGGCACAGUUCGCUCUGUGGGUUGAUGCAGUCAUCUUUGUCUUCAGUCUGGAGGAUGAGAUCAGCUUCCAAACCGUUUAUCAUUACUUCAACCGUCUUGCCAACUACAGGAACGCUGCCGACCUGCCCCUGGUCUUAGUUGGCACGCAAGACGCCAUCAGCUCGUCCAACCCGAGGGUGAUUGACGACAGCCGGGCCCGAAGACUGUCCAACGACCUGAAGCGCUGCACCUACUACGAAACGUGUGCCACCUACGGCCUCAACGUGGAGCGAGUCUUCCAGGACGUUGCUCAGAAGAUCGUGGCCUCUCGGAAGAAGCAGCAGCUGUCCAUAGGCCCGUGCAAAUCGCUCCCAAACUCGCCGAGUCACUCGUCCAUCUGCACCACGCAGGUGCCUAACGUCCCCGUCAACCAGACAAGUAACGGCGGCGGCAGUUUGAGCGACUACUCGUCGUCGGUGCCGUCCACGCCGAGCACCAGCCAGAAGGAGCUGCGCAUCGACGUCCCGCAGAGCACCAAUACGCCCACGCCCGUCCGCAAGCAGUCCAAGCGUCGCUCCAACCUCUUCACCUCGAGGAAGACCAGCGAGACGGACAAGGAUAAAAAAGGGCUGGAGGCUCGCGCCGACAGCAUCGGCAGCGGGCGAGCCAUCCCCAUCAAACAGGGUAUGCUGCUGAAGAGGAGCGGCAAGUCCCUCAACAAGGAGUGGAAGAAAAAGUAUGUGACGCUGUGCGACAACGGGCUGCUCACCUACCACCCCAGUCUCCAUGACUAUAUGCAGAACGUCCACGGGAAAGAGAUUGACCUGCUCAGAACCACGGUGAAGGUGCCGGGUAAACGGCCGCCGCGAGCCGUGUCCACCUGCGCCGUCAUGCCCAGCCCCAAAACCAACGGCCUGACCAAGGACAUGAGCAGCCUGCAACUGGGACACAUUCCAGGUUCGGUUAGCAGCAGCUCGUCGGUCUCUCAGAUGGCGAGCGGCAUAAGCUUGAUGUCCUUUAACAGCCGAGGCGCGGACGGCAUGGGCGGGCACCAGCGCUCGUAUUCCGUCUCCAGCGCCGACCAGUGGACCGACGCCGGCGUCAUCGCCAACUCGGGAAUCGGCACGGACGGGGCCUUGGGCGACUGCAUGUCUUCCAGUCCCAGCAUCUCCAGUACAACCAGUCCCAAGAUGGAGCCGCCGCCAUCGCCGCACGCCAACCGCAAAAAGCACCGGCGGAAGAAAAGCACCAGCAACUUCAAAGCGGACGGCCUCGCCGGUACCGCCGAAGAGCAAGAGGAGAACUUUGAGUUCACCAUUGUAUCACUUACGGGUCAAACGUGGCAUUUUGAAGCCACUUCGUACGAGGAGCGAGACGCCUGGGUGCAGGUCAUCGAGGGUCAGAUCCUGGCCAGUCUUCAGUCCUGUGAGAGCAGCAAAAACAAGUCUCGUCUGACCAGCCAGACGGAGGCCAUGGCGCUGCAGUCCAUCCGAAGUAUUCGUGGAAAUAGCCGCUGUGCCGACUGUGACUCUCAAAACCCAGAUUGGGCCAGCCUCAACCUCGGUGCCCUGAUAUGCAUCGAGUGCUCGGGCAUCCACAGGAACCUGGGCACCCACCUGUCCCGGGUACGCUCGCUGGACCUCGACGAGUGGCCGCUGGAACUCAUCAAGGUCAUGUCGGCCAUCGGCAACGAGUUUGCCAACAGCGUGUGGGAGGCCAACUCGCAGGGUCACCUGAAGCCUGGACCGGAUGCCAGCAGGGAAGAACGCGAACGCUGGAUCCGGGCCAAGUACGAGCGGCGUGUGUUUUUGGCCUCGCUGCCGUGCGCCGAGCUGUCGCUCGGCCAGCAGCUUUUGCGAGCGACGGUGGAGGAGGACGUGCGCGCCGUCGUGCUGCUGCUGGCGCACGGCUCCAGGCAGCAAGUCAACGAGACGUGCGGCGAGGGAGACGGACGCAACGCGCUGCACCUGGGCAGCCACAAAGGCAACGUGGUCAUCACGCAGCUUCUCAUCUGGUACGGUGUGGAUCUGAUGGCGAGGGACGCCCACGGCAACAGCGCCCUGGCGUACGCCCGACAAGCCAACAGCCAGGAGUGCGUGGACACGCUAGCCCAGUACGGCUGCCCGGAUGAACGCUACCCGCUCAUGGCCACGCCCAACCUGUCGCGCCGCAACGCCAACCGCAACAACAGCUGCAGCAGCACGGGCAGCGCCGCCGGCGGCAGCGCCUUCAUCUGAGGCCUCGUUGGGAGAAGCGUCGUCGUCCUUUUGGGUAGCGCCCGCUACCUGCCGUGACUCUCGGCUCCGCCCGCCUCACCCGUCGGACUGGUUGAACCGGGUGACGAGCGCGGGGAGUACCCAAAGCAUGCUGGGUACUGCACCGGCAUCACUUUCACCUCAGACUCUGGAUGGCCGGUGUCAUCCUUCUCUUCACACACUACAAGGCCAGUUUGCUCUCAGGCAGCGUCACUUUCCCCGCCCAAGCAUAUCGUCUCCCGGCCCGCGCGGCACUCCCAGUCCCGUGUCCGCUCCAUUUUUUCCUAACUUCUGUGAACUAAUUUACCCGUGUUAAAUGUGACAAAUACGUACGCAACCUAAGGGGGAGAAAUCUGGCAUGUUUGGACUUUUUGCUAUCUGGAUUGCUGGACAGGGAAUGUUGGAUCAGGCUCAGGGGCACGGUGGUUCAGCGCUAGCGUGCAAAUGGUGCUCGCACGUCUUCAUGGUGAAGAUGACCGCAAAGACUUCCUCCCAACGCGAGCGCGGCGCCAUUUGAAAGGCAGAGGUGGAAGGGGCGGGGUUUGAGCUUGCUGUUUUGGAAUGUGUGAAUGUGGAAUGGCAAAAUGAGUGACUGAGCAAGAUUGUAAGAUAUGACUUUGAAGAACUCGCUGCCAAGUAAUAAUGACUUGACUGGACUUGUCGAUGAACGUCCUCCCACCUCUGCUUGAAGGUACUGUGCUCGUGUCCCAAAAAGCUCCAGCUUUAGCAAAAAGUCCCGUGCGUGGAGAAUGCUAACCACUUUAGCAUCAUUUCGAAAACAACGCUCAAAAAGACUGAUGAUUUUUUUUUUUGGAUCGACACACCGUCCCUUUAACACUCAGUGAGUUUGCGUGCUUUCAUGUGUGUCCACUUGUUGGGUCACUUCCUUCUGGAGCAAAAAAGGGAAUCUAACCUCUUCAGGUGUUUUUACACCAGGAAAUCUUCUUGUAAGCUCCUGCUGGCCUUUCAGCUCGGAGCUAGGAAGGGCUUUUUCUUGUGUGCAAAUUAAUUUAAAAACAAUGUUACCGGUCCUCCUUGAGAUGUGCUGACAACCGCUAGACUGAAGGUGGUGCUCAUUUAUCCACGGCUUCAAGUUUAACCUCCAACCCGGAGACUAUUUAUUUAUUUACUCGCUUCUAUUUUGGCUUCACUGUGUCAGGUCUGACAACUAGGACGCAAGGCUGCAUUAGUGGAUGACUGAGGGCUACAAAGUGAGCUUAAUGGCCAAAAUAGUCUCGCAUAUCUCAUUGAUUUGACUGAAUGUGCCGUUCCUUCGCUGUGUUUCCUCACCACGUGACUGCUGAGUAAUGGAGGGAACCUUUUGUCUGUUUGCCAACUCAACCCUCAACCUGUGUAUAAAUCUUGAGCUGGGUACACACGUGCUUCUUAUUAGAGAACAGCAAGUUGUGCAAAUAGUACUGAAACACUGAAUCAUUUGGACCUGUGCAUUCAAAAGUUUGCAAUUCAAAGUUCACUUGGAAAGUAGCUACGUUUUACCUCAUCCUAAAAUCCUGAAACGCAAAUGCUAAUAUCUGAGCAGUCUGUUCAACCAUGACCUCUUAAUAACUGCUUAGGUCACCCUAUUUGGAUGUGAAUCAUCUUGAAAUACCUUGAAAGUCUCUACAUAAAUCUACAGUCUCCUCCUCUUGGUCCAGAUGUAUGUUGUAGUACCAACAUUGGCCUGUGAGAGGUGCCACGGGGCAUACAGGCUGCCGGAUAAUCUAAAGUUCUUUUGGAUUCUCUAUCUGGGUUAAGUAUUUGUUUGUCUGCAAACACGGCCCGAUUGGUAUGUGUGUGCCCAGUUUAAAGUCACAGACACUCUAACGUUGAUUUUUUUUUUGCCUUUGUUGUAACCCACCUGCCUUCCUUCAACCUGUGAUCGUGGAAACCCCGCCCUCACCAUGAUGUCUCCUUAAAAUAACUUUUAUUUUAUUAUUUUAUAUUUUUUCAUGCUAUUUUAUUUAUGUCAAAAAAAUGCACUAAAUUCACUUAGCAUUAGCGUGUAGCCUUGAGGCUAUUUGCAAUUGGAUGCUUUUACUUUAAGUUUGGACAAGGUUAGCGGCUACCGUUGGCUUGAAGUACCCUUCGUUUUGUCUGUGCUGGACAUUCUUCUACUAUGCCAGCACAAGUUUAAAAAAAAAGCCAGCGUGAAUAAACUUUUAUGUGGGCCAACAAGAGAAGUGCAGCUAGCUCUCAGACAAAAGCCGUUUAACGCUAGCCGUGACCUCAAAGUUAGCUUGUUAGCUCGUCUCUCACGUGUAUUUUGUAUAGGUUGCCCCCCCCCCCCAACUCGUUCCAAGUCCAUCCAUGUUUUUAAUAUUCUGAUUUCUCGUUCAGACACAUUAUUGAUGUGCUUGUGGUUCUAAUAAUUGUUUAGUUGGAUGUACAGUAAGAUAACAGAGAAUCUUCUACUGUAAUGUGUCUCUUUUCAAUAAAGACCAGAAUGAUGUUCACUCAAUUUGGUUUCAAAAU